AUGACCAUGGCAGCAGCAGCAGCAGCAGGAUUUCUUCCCUCCUUGGCUGCUUUCUUUCCACCGACCCCGGAAGCAUACGCCUUUCAGCUCCGCAUUUUCCAGUAUUUUCCUCUGGUCACCAUCUCCCAAUGGUUCUCUUCUUACCAUCCCGCAGGGAAAACCUCCCUGCCGCGGGAUCGCUUCAACAUUCCCGGCCGCGUGGCCUGGUGUCUGAUGGAACUCGUGGGCCCAGUCCAGCUGGUGUAUAUCCUGGCUCGGCUGCCGCAGCAGCAACCUAAUAUUGUUUCCCUCUCUUCCCUGCCGCUAUGGAACAAGAUCGCCGCCGCCCUGUACGUGGUCCACUACUUCAACCGCGCCGUCGUCAACCCGCUCUUCGUCGCGCCUAGCAUCUCCCCCGUUCGCGCGGACGUCUUCCUGUUUGCUGCGUUCUUCAACUGGUUGAAUUCGGCUUGUUUGGGCGCGUGGCUUGUCGGAUAUCGUGCCAAUGUCGAGGGCUUCAACACCGUCCCCGUCCCGUCAUCCUCCUCAGAGCUCGGCCCGGUCCAGCGCAUCCUGCCGUACGUCGGCCUGGCGAUCUUCACGAUUGGGAUGGUAGGCAACAUCCUCUCAGAGAGGACACUCUGGCGUCUUCGACGCGAGGAAGCGCACCGUCGUGCUGCUGCCGCUGCCGAAAAAGACAAGAAAGAGACAACGACAACAACGACAACGACAAAAAAGAACCCCUACUCCAAAGUCUACGUCAUUCCACCACCCAAGGGCCUCUUCCGCUGGAUCCUCUACCCUCACUACGCCCUCGAAUGGCUCGAAUGGUUCGGCUUCGUGCUCAUCGGCACGGCCGCAACCACAACAACUACCACUACUACUACUCCACCCAUCAAGCUAGCACCCUGGCUUAUCCCCUUCGCCAAGCUGGCAGAAAAGCUGCACCUCCCACUGCCCCUGCCGGCCCUCGUCUUUGUCCUCAAUAUCAUAUCUACCAUGUUGCCGCAGGCUCGGCGGGGGAGGAAGUGGUAUGCGGAGAAAUUCGGCAAGGAGGCUGUUGCGGGUCGGUCGGCGACGAUUCCUGGGAUUUCUUUCCUCUGA